UGGCAGCAGCGUUGGCAGCGUUGGCGGCGGCGACGCGGGCGGGAGCGAGCCGGACUACCUACUGAGAGAGAGAGGAAAGGAGAGACAGAAACAUCCACCUGCUGUUCCACUCACCUAUGCAUUCAUUGGUUGAUUCCUGCACAUGCCCUGACGGGAUAGAACCGGCAACCUUGGCCUCUCGGGAGGACGCUCCAACGACCUGAGCUACCCAGCCAGGGCGCUGGGUUUGAUGUUGGUUCUGGCAGUUGUUAACUGUGAUUUGGGGCAAGAACUCUAUUUUAAGGAACUUUCAAAAAGAAAAAAACAAGUCAUGGAGAAGAAUGGGAAUAACCGAAAGCUUCGGGUGUGCGUUGCUACUUGCAAUCGUGCUGAUUAUUCUAAACUCGCACCAAUCAUGUUUGGCAUUAAAACGGAACCAGAGUUCUUUGACCUUGAUGUGGUGGUGCUUGGCUCUCACCUGAUAGAUGACUAUGGGAAUACAUACCGCAUGAUUGAACAAGAUGACUUUGACAUUAACACCAGGCUACACACGAUUGUUAGAGGGGAAGAUGAGGCAGCCAUGGUCGAGUCAGUAGGCCUGGCCCUAGUGAAGCUACCCGAUGUCCUUAAUCGCCUGAAGCCUGAUAUCAUGAUUGUUCACGGAGACAGGUUUGAUGCCCUGGCACUGGCAACAUCUGCUGCCUUGAUGAACAUCCGAAUCCUUCACAUUGAAGGUGGAGAAGUCAGUGGAACCAUUGACGAUUCUAUCAGACAUGCCAUAACAAAACUGGCUCAUUAUCACGUGUGCUGCACCCGAAGUGCAGAGCAACACUUGAUAUCCAUGUGUGAGGACCAUGAUCGCAUCCUUUUGGCAGGCUGCCCGUCUUAUGACAAACUUCUCUGUGCCAAGAACAAAGACUACAUGAGCAUCAUUCGGAUGUGGUUAGGUGAUGAUGUAAAGCCUAAAGAUUACAUUGUUGCUCUACAGCACCCGGUGACCACUGACAUUAAGCAUUCCAUUAAAAUGUUUGAGUUAACAUUGGAUGCACUUAUUUCAUUUAACAAGAGGACCCUAGUUCUGUUUCCAAAUAUUGAUGCAGGGAGCAAAGAGAUGGUUCGAGUGAUGCGGAAGAAGGGCAUUGAGCAUCAUCCUAACUUCCGUGCAGUUAAACAUGUCCCAUUUGACCAGUUCAUACAGUUGGUUGCCCACGCUGGUUGUAUGAUUGGGAACAGCAGUUGUGGGGUACGAGAGGUUGGAGCUUUUGGAACACCUGUGAUCAAUCUAGGAACACGUCAGAUUGGAAGAGAAACAGGGGAGAAUGUCCUUCAUGUCCGGGAUGCUGAUACCCAAGACAAAAUAUUGCAAGCGCUGCACCUUCAGUUUGGUAAACAGUACCCUUGUUCAAAGAUAUAUGGGGAUGGAAAUGCUGUUCCAAGAAUUUUGAAGUUUCUCAAAUCUAUUGAUCUUCAAGAGCCACUACAAAAGAAAUUCUGCUUUCCUCCCGUGAAGGACAAUAUCUCUCAAGACAUUGACCAUAUUCUUGAAACUCUGAGUGCUUUGGCUGUUGAUCUCGGUGGGACGAACCUCCGAGUUGCCAUAGUCAGCAUGAAGGGUGAAAUAGUUAAGAAGUAUACUCAGUUCAAUCCUAAAACCUAUGAAGAGAGGAUUAACUUAAUACUACAGAUGUGUGUAGAAGCUGCGGCAGAAGCUGUAAAACUGAACUGCAGGAUUUUGGGAGUAGGUGUCUCCACAGGUGGCCGUGUAAAUCCUCGGGAAGGAAUCGUGCUGCAUUCAACCAAACUGAUUCAAGAAUGGAACUCUGUGGACCUCAGGACUCCCCUGUCUGACACUUUGCAUCUCCCUGUGUGGGUCGACAAUGAUGGCAACUGUGCUGCCAUGGCGGAAAGGAAAUUUGGUCAAGGAAAGGGCCUGGAAAACUUUGUGACACUUAUCACAGGCACAGGAAUUGGCGGGGGAAUCAUUCAUCAGCAUGAAUUGAUCCACGGAAGCUCCUUCUGUGCGGCAGAACUUGGCCACAUUGUUGUGUCUCUAGAUGGGCCUGACUGUUCCUGUGGAAGCCAUGGGUGUAUUGAAGCGUAUGCCUCUGGAAUGGCCUUGCAGAAGGAAGCAAAAAAGCUACAUGAUGAAGACCUUCUCCUGGUGGAGGGGAUGUCAGUACCAAAAGACGAAGCCGUGGGUGCGCUCCAUCUUAUCCAAGCUGCGAAACUUGGCAACGUGAAGGCCCAGAGCAUCCUGAGAACAGCUGGAACGGCUUUGGGUCUUGGAGUUGUGAACAUCCUUCACACUGUGAAUCCUUCCCUUGUGAUCCUCUCUGGAGUCCUCGCCAGUCACUACAUCCACACUGUCAAAGACGUCAUCCGCCAGCAAGCCUUGCCCUCGGUUCAGGACGUGGAUGUGGUGGUUUCAGAUUUGGUGGAUCCUGCCCUGCUCGGGGCUGCCAGCAUGGUCCUGGAUUACACAACUCGCAGGGUCUACUAGGCUGCCCAGUAGUGGACAUGGACUGAAACUCAAGAGCUCCUCAAUGGAAUCAGGUUAUCUUUUUGAUGCACAUUUCUUAAAAAGCAAAUUUGAUUAUUUAAAUUUGAUAUAUAGCAGGUGACUUUGGCACAGAACUUUGUGCUUAUAGUCUCCUCUUCUGAAGUCACCUUUUCCAACUCCCAUUUUUGUAGAUGCUGCUCUUUCUUGGGUCAUUUCAGCUCAAACCCUGUAAAUGCCACUCAGUUUUCUGUGCUGAAAGGAGCUAUAGCAGCCUUCGGCCUCAGCUUACUAGGCAUACCCCUCAGACCUGCAGGCCUUGCUUAGGAAUGUGACCUUGAGACUGGAGUGUGGAUUACUAAUCCUUCCUCUUCUGACCCUAAACUUAGAUGGCAAAAAGAGAUCUAGUCAGGAAAUAGAAGAAAAUCUCACAUGGAAGGCUUAAGUGAACUUUAAGUGCCCAGUUUGAUAAACGUCAUAGGCAUGCACCUGUGAAACCAUUACCACAAUCGUGACAUUGGACAUAUCUGUCACCGCCCCCGAAGUUCCUUGUUAUUACUCUUCCAGAACCUUGAGAUACUUUAGAGCAGGGGUCUGAAUUACAGUGGCCUUAGUGACCUUGUGCUUAUCUUCUUAAGGACAGCUGAGAAGCCACUAGGAUUUACGGCCUCUGAAAGGAGAUUAACUGUCCCUAGGAUUUUUGCUACUGACAAGCAGACCCUCUCCUUUCAGUAACUUUUUGUACUUCGUUGAAUACGGCCCUGGAGUGCCUAUUAAGGUCAUGUUUGUGUGUCAGACCUAGAGCCCACAUCUGCAAAUCUGGUUUCCAGCCAAGAUUCCAUGCUUUCGCUGCUGUCAAGAUACAAAGGCCAAGGUUCUUGCUGUCAGUUGCAACCUGGAAGAAAAACUAAUAGCCACCAUUUACUUAAGUGCCUACUGUGUGCCAGGCUCUAAACUAAGUCCACCUCAAAUACAUUAUUCUAAAUUUUCACAGCCUGUGAAAUAGGUGUUUUAAUUCCCAGUUUAUAGAACCCCAAACUGUCCUAGUGUUUAAACAUACCUAAAGCUAUGUCCCUAGUGAGUCUCAGAGACAGGGUUUGAUCCCAGAUCCCUCCGCUUUUUCUGCUAAGCCACACAACCUCUUAUAUCAAAAAUUUUCAAAAUGUGAAUAUAUUCUAAUUUAGUGCAGACUUUCAAAAGCUUUAUUUAAUAUCUCAUUCGUAAUGCCUUGAUUUAUCCAUGGCACUAUCUGUAAGUAGCUAAUCCAAUCAGAUAUUUUAUGUGGUGUCAAUUUUGCCAGUAUAGGCUUUGGGCUAGUGAUAGGUUUUAUGGAUACUUUUUAGAUGAUCUAAAAAAGCAUACAAGCAUACGCAUAUGUUUCUCAACUAUUAUUUUAGGAGAACCUCAAAGUUUCUACAGUAAAUUCAGUAUUAGCAUAUAGAAUAAAAUGAAGGAAUCGAUAUUACAUUUGUACUUCCUUCCUGGUGGGUUAAUGUGAAAAAAUAGGUUGACUGAUUCUUAGAGCUCUACCAGCCCUGAAGUAGUCUCCAGGUCCUGGUUAUUGUUGAAACAUUCCUGGUGAUUCAUGGGUGGGACGUUAGUCUGCUCAGCAAUCAGUGUCUGAGGCAAGAUGGUAUACUCUGAAGGGGCAUCAGUUGUUCCUUGGUGAAAUCUGUGACCACUUUGUACACCAGACAAUUGCAUUGCUACCUAAGUAUAUGAAGGAUGGUACUGAAUCUAAAACCAAAUCUUAGUUUUUGUUAAGUUUGUGGAAAGGCUAAUAUAUUCCAACAUAAUUAUUACAUAUAGUUAAUAAUCAUACCUUAAUUUAUUUUAAUGUAAAUAUUUUUGUUACUGAGCCAAAUUCUAAAGAAAAAAUAAAUAUAUUUCCUUGCGGAAAUCCAA